GCUUUGUUCUUCUUCUGUUGAAGCAGUAAGUGGUAGGGGAAGUCAUGGGUGAGAAUAAUCCGAUUAUAGGAGAAGAAGAUUACAUAUUGUUGAAGGAUUUCAAAGUUGAAACUGAAGUUGCUGAAGAAAAGGGUUUUAUUUUAUGUUUCUGGGUUUACAUUUUCGACUCCAAAACAUUCCCCGCAACCGCUGCUCCCUUUUUUCGAUUUGGGUUCCUGUUUCUCUCUCAAAUUUUGAUCUUUUGGGGUAUAUGAGGAGACCAACGGAAGUUCUCCUUUACUUGUUCUCAAUGAAAAGACAUUGAUGCUUUUACCUUUGGCUUGCCGACACAAUGAAGCUCCCGGUCCCGGUCCCGGAAACAUCGAAUUACCUUCAGAAGUUCCGAAAGUCACUGCAGAGAUCGAACACCCUCAACAUAAAUGGAUACAUAUUGGAUACGAGGUCUCUUCUGAUUUUGUGCGGCUUUACGUUAAUGGGGAGAUUGCAGGAGAACUGCUUCUCUCUUCCUUGUUAAACCAAAAUUCCAUACCGAAUGGUUCGAGGAAGAGGACAUUAAUUGGUAUUAGUGGUGAUAGUAACUUGCAGGGUUUUAUCCAUGAUGCAAAGGUCUUGCCUUCAACGUUGUCUAUAAAGGACCGAUACGUUAAGGAUCCACCUCUAAGAUUGUCAAUCGAUGAGUCUUCUAUCUCUGAUAUUGAAGAAGACAAUGGCUUUUGGAAUAUUGUUGGUGGGAAGGCAUCUUGUCGCAGGAUCUUUUCCUUGGAUGUUGUUGUAUUAAAUGCCUUUGGCCAGCCGGUAAACAAGAAACUAGAGGCAAUUUAGUCUUUAUAUUUAAUUUCACAGUGCUCUUUUUACCUUCAGCACCUAAUUUGUCACAUUACUUAUUGGAAAGUUCAUCGCAUCACUCUUGUAUGCACAUAAUCGAUUACCUGUGGAGAAGACAAAUGAUGAAGAACCUCCUCUCCUAGCUAGCUGUGAUGGAAUUGAAUUUGCCUCUUCUGAUCGACCCAGUAAACUAUCAAAGGGCCGAGCAUCCUUUAAGCUGAAGAUCUCCAAGAUGGUGAUGUUAGAUUUAGUUUGUGCAAUCUUUUGUUCAAUAUGUAUGCUUCGAGAUAUUUGUAGAAUUUUCUAGCAGAUCUUGUUCCGUGAGAAACAUUUUUGCAAGAAUUUGGCUUUCUGUAACGUAUUUGUUUAUUUCUUUUAUUGAUUCAUCUUGAAUUCACUAAUUGUCUGGUUCUGAUAUUAUCUCAGCUCUCAUCCAAGUGUGAUAAUAAGCAGUUCUGCAUUAUGGUCGGGAUAUCAAAGCUCGAGGGCUAUCAUUUCCUUGAGGAUUUCUCCCCUUCAAUUCGUUGCAUCUCUCGGAAUUGUACCCCAAGGACAUCAACUAUUAUUUGGAAAAAAAUCUCUGCAGUCCAUCCAGUUAAUGGAUCUCAAUCAUUAGGCCUAGAGCACAGUACUGCACAUGAAGCAAAACUCAGUCCAACAUCGAAGAGGGUUCGAUUGGGAGAAGAAAAAAAUUCUAAAAUAGACCAACAUAGCAAAGAAUACAACUCUAUUGCCUCUAAGCAGAAUCGGGUAUUGAUUGAUACUUUUUUCCUUUUCAUUUUCCAUAACAUCAUCAUUAUCAGGGUAUGUCUUUAUAGACUGUUAAUUUAAGAAGAGCAUAAAUCAGUGUUGAACUAUAAACAAUUG